AUAACUUUCCCAUCUCUUGCUCCUCUUCCUCUUCCAAUUCCCAAAACCAAUCUCAAACCAAUCUCACCACCUCCAAACCUCUCCAUCAAUGGCUUCCACUCUCUUCUCCAUCCCCACUCUUUCUCCACCCUCCUUCCAUGGCCUCAGGCCUCUCAAACCCACAGACUCCUCCCACUCCCUCCUCCUCAAACUCACCUCCUUUUCAUCCUCCCCCAAACUCCAUUCCAAAACCACUUCCAUUUCCACCAUCAAACCAAUCAUCAAGUCUGAGCUAAAUCCUUCUCUGGUUAUCAGCCUCAGCACUGGCCUCUCUCUUUUCUUAGGCCGGUUCGUCUUUUUCAACUUCCAAAGAGAGAAUGUGGCCAAGCAAGGCUUGCCGGAGCAGAACGGAAAGACGCACUUCGAAGCCGGAGAUGUCCGGGCUCAGGAGUUUGUAGGAAUUCUCCAGUCUAAUGAUCCUGUGGGGUUUAACAUUGUUGAUGUUCUUGCUUGGGGUUCCAUUGGUCACAUUGUUGCUUACUAUAUCUUGGCCACCACCAGCAAUGGUUAUGAUCCCAACUUCUUUGGCUGAAUUCUUCUUCAAUAUUGCCUUUCAUUUGAUCUUAUCUUUUGUGUUGUUUUUCAUGCAUGUAAUGAAGUCUAACUUGAAUUGAAGACAGAAAUUUAUCUUUCAAUUGCUUCAAUUUCA